AUGACAAAUACAUUCUUACUAACUCAGCCCUCCAAGCCUCCAAUAUAUCCAGGCUUGGCGUUCAUCGCAUACCCUCAGGCUGUAGCCAUGAUGCCUUUUCCCCAACUGUGGUCCAUCUGUUUCUUUGUCAUGAUCAUUCUCUUGGGUCUGGACACACAAUUUGUUGGCAUGGAGGUGGUGAUGACAUCCAUCAUAGACAUGUUCCCCAUGGUAAUGCGCAGGGCAGGCCGACGAGAACGUUUCCUCCUCCUCUUCUGCCUCACGUGCUUCUUCUCUCAGCUAGUCAUGAUCACCGAGGGAGGGAUGUAUUUGUUCCAGCUGUUUGAGUACUACGCUUGUAAUGGAGCCUGCAUCCUCUUUCCCUGUUUGUUUGAAACCCUGGCAGUGGGAUGGAUAUUUGGGGCAGAGCGGCUGUAUGGCAUCAUUAAGGACAUGACGGGUGUGAAUGCCAACCCAUUCUUUAAAAUCUGCUGGCUUUUCCUCACACCACUGGUCUCACUGGGCUCUUUUAUAUGUUCUUUAAUUGAGUACCAGCCUCUGACCUUUAAUCGAUGGUACGUGUACCCAACCUGGGCAUACGUGUUGGGCUGGGUACUGGCCCUCUCCUCCAUCCUGCUUGUGCCGGGAUGGGCGCUGUAUAAACUGGGAACCGGGGCUGGGAACCUCGGUCAGCGUUUCCAUCAACUGUGCCAAUCAGAUCCUGAUUGUUCACUGACUAAAAAGAGAGAAACCGAGUUGCAGCACAUCAGAGAGGAAGAUCUACAACUCUUCACCACCACUUAG